GCGUCAUUGCGUCACGGGCGGCAGAUGCGUGCGGACUUUGUUCUGGCAGCUCUAGGAGUGUUAGCUGGAAAUUAUAUCGUUUGAGAGCACACAAAGUGAAAGAAAACAGGCAAGGCAAUGGCAUUGACGCAGAUAUCCUCAAACAAGUGCUGUGAAGGUUUCCAAAAGGUGUUUGAGCACGACAGCACAGAGCUAAAAUGUAGAAUGAGAUUUGGAAUUUAUCUUCCUCCAAAGGCUGAAAGUGGAAGAUGUCCCGUCAUGUACUGGUUGUCUGGCUUAACAUGCACUGAGCAGAAUUUUAUAAGCAAAGCAGGAAGCCAGCAAGCUGCUGCUGAGCACGGAAUCAUCAUCGUUGUUCCAGACACCAGCCCUCGUGGAUGUAAUAUUGAAGGAGAGGAUGAGAGCUGGGACUUUGGCACCGGGGCUGGGUUUUAUAUCAAUGCAACUGAAGACCCCUGGAAAACCAAUUACAGAAUGUACUCUUACAUUACAGAAGAGCUUCCUCGCUUGAUAAAUGCAAACUUUCCAGUAGACCCUGAAAGGAUGUCCAUUUCUGGUCACUCAAUGGGUGGCCAUGGUGCUUUGAUUAUUGCUCUGAAGAAUCCUGGAAAGUACAAGACAGUAUCAGCUUUUGCACCAAUCUGCAAUCCCAUGCAGUGUCCUUGGGGUCAAAAAGCUUUCACUGGAUACUUAGGACCUGACAAGUCCAAGUGGGAGGAGUAUGAUGCCACUAUCUUGGUGAAAUCUUACUCUGGUCCACAGCUAGAUAUUCUCAUUGACCAGGGUAGGGAUGACCAGUUUCUUGCUGCAGGGCAGUUACUUCCAGACAACUUUAUUUCUGCGAGUACAGAAAGGAAGAUUCCGUUGGUAUUCAGACUGCAACAGGGAUAUGACCACAGUUAUUACUUCGUGUUUUCAUACAUGAACGAUCACAUAAAGCACCAUGCAAAGUACCUGAAUGCUUAAGAAUUUCACCAGAGGAAUUUAAGGAGUAGCCCGUCACUGGUCACUCAUCACUUUGCUAUUUUUGUAAGACAGAGUCCAUCCCUUGAUAACAAGGAUACAUUGCUGUGCAGUUUAAAUACCUUCUGAUUGGUAAAAAUAAAAAAAAAAUGCAUCAAUAAAA